UUCUUAGCCAUCCAAUAAAAAUAGAAAAAUCUAGCGAGCAUAUAACACCAUCAAGGCUCAGCCUCUCCCUCCCCCAUGGCUUCUUCUUCUUUGGCUCUGUUAUCUUCCUUCAGAGGCCCUGAAUUAUGCAAAACAAAGUCCCUAAUCUCUCACUCAAAACACCCCAGUGACGUUUCAUUUUCAUUUCAGUGUAGAAAGAGCAGAAUCCCACCAAUUUUGUGUUCUGUUUCGGUCUCUGACCCUCAAGUCCUCACUGGACGACCUGAUGAUUUGGUUGCUUCUAUUCUUUCUAAGGUUACAGAAACGGACAGGGGGGUUUCGCUAACUAAAGAACAACAAGAAGAAGUAACUCGAGUUGCGCAAGAGUUGCAGAAAUAUUGUGUUGCUGAACCAGUGAGAUGUCCUCUUAUAUUUGGAGAGUGGGAUGUGGUGUAUUGUUCGAACCCAACUUCCCCUGGAGGUGGCUACAGGAGUGCGUUUGGCCGUCUUGUUUUUAGAACAAAGGAAAUGAUUCAGGCUGUUGAAGCUCCUGAUACUGUCAAAAACAAGGUGUCAUUUUCUGCUUUGGGAUUCCUUGAUGGAGAGGUUUCCUUGAAAGGUAGGCUGAAAGCCUUAGAUGAUAGUUGGAUUCAAGUUAUAUUUGAGGCACCUCAACUGAAGGUUGGAUCACUGGAGUUCCAGUACGGUGGAGAAAGCGAGGUUAAGUUGAAGAUCACUUAUAUUGAUGAGAAGAUCAGGUUGGGAAAGGGCUCAAGAGGUUCUCUGUUUGUUUUUCAAAGACGCAAAUAGACAAUACGAAAUGUUCAUAUCUGCAGAUUCUGUUUUUCCUAUAUUCCUACGUUGUGUUGAGGACAGUAAAUCUUUUGUACCAGCUUACUUUGCUGCUUGUGAAAACUGGGAUGAGAAUUUUUUUAUCAUGUACCAACAAAGAAUCGUUUAUAGCAA